UCGCGUGUUGAUAAAACCAGAGAACGCCAUUUUAGAGACGCUAAUGAACUUCAAACGCAAAACAAGUUAUAGCUAGCUAAUAUAAGGCUGAAUUCAUUACUAGCUACUGUACAGUAGCGCGGAACGAGAGCAUUUCUUUUUAAGCUGUUGUGUGUUGUUGGGAAGAACAGCAGCAGGCGAAUCUGAGGUCAUAUUUGGCCAAUUUUAUCCUGAAGACGUAGUUGGCUAACGUUAGUUCACUGGCUGGUUUUAUAAGUUUGCUAGCUAAUUUAAUUGUUUCUGGUCACAGAAGAAGCAGACGUUGGGACAAAUCCCUGCGGAGACCAUGGCAGACGACUUUGAUGUUGAGGCUAUGCUAGAGGCUCCAUACAAAAAGGUGGGUAGCUAGAAUUGCCAGGCUUGUAGCUAUGUUUUUUUGCGCAUUCACUAUUUGCUGGUCUUGUAUCAUCUUGCUGCUCAGAGAUAUGUUGCUAUUAUUUAUGGUUAAAUGGUUGUUUGUGCCUCUCAACGUUUGAAUGAGGUGUGUGAUGCAUUGACAUAAUCCAAAAGGUCUGAAUAAACGCCCAUCUCUCUCUCUUUGUAGACUUGCCAAACGAUAUCUCCCCUCUUCUCUCACCUUUUGAUUCGAGUGAGAACUGUGUGUUGGGGGGAGAGUGUAAGGUAGUAAUUUAGCAAUGUAUUGAUGUACUGUGAUCCCCUAGGACAAAAAGAGCUUCAUCUUAGAACAUCCUAUCUAUCACCUGUUUGGUUGCAACAAGGUGAAUGCAAAUGGAUGAUAAUCAGCGCAUUUUACCCCACAUGCAAAGGAGACAAUAUUCACAUUUUCUGUUGACAUGGUAGCUAAAGUUAUUUUCACAAUGUUUACACGUAAUGUUACAGUUGGAUUGACCCAUAGAAAUAUAAUUACUGUGGUACCAGUAGUUCUGGCACAUAUUCUAUUUAUAUACGUGACCUUUUGUUAUGCAUCAGUGUCAAUCAAGUAAGUCUGACCUAAAAUAGGCCUUACAUGCAUAAGUACCUAUUUUACCCUUACAUUUGGCUGUAGUAGAUUAGUCUUCUCUAUAGUAUAUCACUUAACAAAUCAGGCUUAAAUGAGUAGUCAUGAUUUUGCCAAGGUCAACAAAACAAGCUAUUGAUUAUUUUAAAAUAUGAAUACUGUCUCCCUGCCCAAGUCUAUUGUGAUGGUUUCUGAUUUUGUAAAUCAGCAUCUUGACUUUGCAUGCCUUUUAACACCAGUAAUAUUUUACAUUUAUUUUCUUACUACAAUUUAUUUGUAAGAUUUAUUUCAAGGUUUCAUUUCUAUUAUACAUUUAGUUAAUGAUUUCACCAGUAUGAGUAUUUUUCCCCUCAUAAAAUUCAAGCCAUUCAAAUACAAACAUAUCCAUUCAGCUGGCACAAAAAAAUAUAUAGGACAUUUAACAUGAGGCUAAAAGAGUAGAUUUUUUUUCUUCAGUUUUACUUGGGAGUCCAUAUUACUAAGCAGUGUGAAUCCCUGUUUGCUUCAGGGCGAGAUGUGACAGAGGUGGCAUCGAACUCUUACAGUCCAAGAAGGAAAAUGGGUGAAGAUCACUGGACUGACAUCAACCACAGGAUCACUUUUAGCGGCUGUGGGCCAAGCAUGGUCUCAGUGGGCUUAGGAACAGAUAGUGGUACUGGAUGAAAUAAAGUCCUCUAGUGCUAAUGGGAAUGAAGAGCGCAGUAGUAAGAAGAAAAAGAGGAGCCAUCGUAGGAGUAGUCGCAGCCCGAGCUCUGACAAGUGCUACAGCAAAGAUGGGAAGAAGAGUCCGGAGAAGAAACGCAGCCACAGUAAAGAACGCCGGCGCAGUGGUUCCCGUAGCAGGGAACAUGCUGGACGCUACAGAGGAUGCCGGGGCCCCUUGAAACCAAUUGACAACCUGACCCCAGAGGAGAGGGAUGCCCACACUGUUUUUUGUAUGCAGCUGGCAGCCAGAAUCAAACCACGAGACCUAGAGGACUUCUUCUCAGCCGUGGGGAAAGUGAGAGACGUGAGGAUGAUCUCUGACAGAAACUCCAGGAGGUCAAAGGGCAUUGCCUACAUUGAGUUUCUGGAUGUGAAUUCAGUCCCGCUGGCUAUUGGCUUAACUGGUCAGAGACUUCUAGGAGUGCCCAUCAUCGUACAGGCCCCUCAGGCUGAGAAGAACAGAGCUGCAGCAAUGGCCAACAACCUUCAGAAGGGUAAUGCUGGCCCUAUGCGGCUGUAUGUGGGCUCUCUACACUUCAACAUCACAGAGGACAUGCUGCGAGGUGUCUUCGAGCCUUUCGGAAGAAUUGAGAGCAUACAACUGAUGAAUGACAGUGAAACUGGACGAUCCAAAGGAUAUGGUUUCAUCUCCUUUGCAGAUGCAGAGUGCGCUAAGAAGGCCCUGGAGCAGCUGAAUGGCUUUGAGCUGGCCGGGCGGCCCAUGAAAGUUGGUCACGUGACGGAACGCACCGACCCCUCCACCGCCAGCUCCUUCCUUGACAACGAUGAGCUGGAGAGGACAGGCAUUGACCUGGGCACCACCGGGCGCCUGCAGCUCAUGGCCCGGCUGGCAGAGGGUACUGGUCUUCAGAUCCCCCCGGCUGCACAGCAGGCUCUACAGAUGAGUGGUUCCAUCCACUCGACUCCAAUCCACUUCGUCAACAUGGCAGCUGGUACAGACAUACAAGCCAGCCUGAACCCACCCCCUGAAGCUCCUGCCACCCUUUCACUGAAUCUGGCUCCAUGCAUGAACCAGGCCAUGACCCUCUCAACGCAGCCACUGGCUACGCACUGCCUACAGCUGUCCAACAUGUUCAACCCUCAGUUGGAAAAGGAACCUGGCUGGGAUGUCGAGAUUCAAGAUGACGUCAUUGAGGAGUGCAACAAACACGGUGGAAUUGUCCACAUAUACCUUGACAAGAACUCCCCUCGGGGCAACGUGUACAUGAAAUGCCCGACAAUCCCAACAGCAAUGGCUGCAGUGAAUGCGCUACAUGGGCGGUGGUUUGCUGGUAAAAUGAUCACUGCAGCGUACGUACCUUUUCCGACCUACCAUAACCUUUUUCCUGAUUCGGUAACUGCAGCCCAGUUAUUGAUGCCUGUGCGGCAAUGAUUCUGCCAUGCAUGGGGUAGAUGUCACAAUGCCUGUUGGCUUCAAGAAUGUACAUAAUUUUUGCCAAUAUUUUGGGAUCUUAUUGAACACAGUAGCAAAUUACUGUACCAAUCCACCCUAUCUUCAUCACGCAAUGUUUUCUUGUUCAGUCUGACAGCUAUUAGAGGCUAAGCUUGAGUUAUUCUGUAGUCACACAUUUCUGUAGCUGCAUUUGAGCAAAUUACGUUGUUUCAACCAGCAUUGUGAAAAUACUACCUUUUGGGGUUUUGGUGGGUGGAGGGGCACAUAGGGUACGGCGUUGUUUUACAGUGGGAAGUCUGCGUAUAUUUCUGUUGAAACCGACCCCAGAAGAACAACCCAUUUUUGGACAGCCCGACCAAAUUAACCUGUGACUCGAAUUGCAGUUUGCCGUAUGCUGUCAUCCCAUUAGGGCAUUUAUAUUGGACAUUUAGUCAUUCAGUUGUGCUAUAGAAAUGUUAAUUUGCCAUGUACGUUUUUGUCAGUUAGUGUUAAAUAAAAAAACGAAGCCAACAAAUUUAUUUUUUACAAGCAAGAUA